AUGGCUUGCCCUCCACAAUCUCCUGUACAUGUUCUUCCUCCAAAGAGGAAUCAAAUGUGGAAGCCGAAUCAUGCGCAUGGAUCCGCACAAUCUCCCAGAAACUACAGGGUUCAUGACUCGCAACAGAUGGUGUGGGUCCUGACUGGAAAUUCUUUAACAGCUGUUCCUGCUAGCAGCAAUGUCAAGCCUGUUAUUCUUAGCUUGAUAGCAUGUAGAGACACAGAAUUCCAAGAUGAAAAGAAAGGUAAUCUAGUUUUCCUGGGAAUCAAGAACAGAAAUCUCUGCUUCUGCUGUGCUGAGAUGGAGGGCAAACCAACUUUGCAGCUUAAGGAAGUAGACAUCAUGAAUUUGUACAAAGAGGGAAAAGCACAAAAAGCCUUUCUGUUCUACCAUGGCAUAGAGGGCUCCACUUCUGUCUUCCAGUCAGUCUUCUAUCCUGGCUGGUUUAUAGCCACCUCUUCCAUAGAAAGACAGACAAUAUUCCUCACACAUCAGAGGGGUAAAUUUGUUAAUACUAACUUCUACAUAGAGUCUGAGAAGUAAAUCCAAAAUGGGUCAUAUGUGGCCAGCUCCAGGCCACAGAAUCAAACUGUUGAAGAAUCUUCUACUUGAAAACAUAGCAAUCCUCUUAGAAGACCGCCAUGCCAUGUCUUCGCCAGACAUCCAUGUCCAAAAUGCUACUCAUUUGAAUAUCAUUCCAGCAUGAAGCCCAUGAA